AUGUCACUUUUGCCAUGUUCAAACAUUCGAUUUUUGGAUAUUUGUGCAUCAACGGUUGAUAUAAUUCGCUUUGUACUUAAAACAUUGAUGAAGAAAUAUAAACAACUGUAUAUUGUUUUUGCUUGGCCAUUUGAGCAAACUUAUCUUAGUGACAAUAUCGAUUUGGCAUUUAAAGAACACGAAGAAUCUAUUUGUGGCACAUUCAUCCAACUUCUUCAAAUAAUUCACGCAAUAUCACCUAAUUUUCUCCCAUUUAUAUUUGUUAUCACAAGACAUGCACAACUAAAUACUGGUUCCGACUGCAAUAUAAUUGAAUCACCACUUGUUGGUCUUGUGCGAAGUUUAAUGGUCGAAUAUGAACAACAUCGACUGAAGCUCAUUGAUCUACAAACACUACCAAUAAUGAUUAAUGAAUCGGCACUUGUUUAUGCUUUGGCACAAUAUAUGGAAACUUCUCGAUAUACAAAGAAUACUGAUGAGAUUGUUCUUCGUCUUGACAAAAAUGAAAAGAAAGUUAAACAUAUCACAUGGCAUUAUAGAAUGUUGCAAACACAUGACAAAGAAGAAGAUCAAUCAAAAUUAAAACAAAUUUGUAUUAUUCCUCAACAAGAUGCUAAUCAACAACCAUUCCGUCUUCGUGUGCCUCCAUCUCGGUUUCUCACUGAGUUAACAUGGGUUCCCGACAAUAGAGCAAAAGAAUUAUUACCAGGCAUGGUAGAAGUUCAAAUUCACUGUGUAGGCAUUAACUUUCGUGACGUAUUGAAAGCACGAGGUCUGUAUCCACAUACUCGUACGUUUGCACAAUUGGAUGAGCAUCAGCCACAUAUGAAUCGAGACACUGAACCAGGUUCAGAUUUUGUUGGCACUAUCAUACGUGCAUGUCCUAGUGUCAGUUUUCAACCAGGUGAUCAUGUUGUAGGCUCAGUACAUGGUGCAUUUCAUUCACAUGUCAUUGUCAACGCAUUACAAGUAAAGUGUAUUCCAUCCGAAUGUCCUCUCACCGAUGAACAAUUAUCAGUUAUGCCCGUUGUAUGUCUAACAGUCAUCUAUUCUCUCAAAUAUCGUGUUCAUUUGCGACGUGAUCAAACUGUUCUCAUUCAUGCUGCAACAGGUGGUGCUGGUCAAAUUUGUAUACAGUAUUGUCAAUGGAUUGGGGCUCGUGUUAUAGCUACAGCUGGAACUGAAGAGAAGCGACGGUUUUUACGUGAGCAUUACGGCCUGGAAUAUGUAUUUAAUAGCCGAAAUACUUCUUUUGUUAGUGGUGUGAGAAGUAUUUUACCUCAUGGUGUUGAUGUUGUCAUUAAUUCUUUAUCCGGUAUUCUUUUACAAGAAUCCAUAAAACUGCUUGCUGAUCAUGGUCAUUUUGUUGAAUGGGGGAAAAGAGAUGUUUUUGAAAAGACUCAACUGUCGAUGUUUGACUUUCGAUCAGAUUGUAGUUUUCAUCUCAUUGAUUUAGUUUCACUUUCUAACAAGCAUCCAGACAUUUUCUCUGCUAUACUACAAGAAAUGGUUGAUUUAAUUAUACAAAGCAAAUUAAAAGCAAUUGAACCUACAGUUAUGUAUGAACCAUCUCAAGUGAUUGAUGCAUUUAUGAGAUGUAAUAGUGAUCAAGUUAUGGGUAAAGCUGUUGUUCGUCUAACCAACUCCAAUGAAUCACUCUGUUUGAAUAGCGUACAUCAUAAUAAUUUAAUCGAAGAUAAUGAUAUUAUGUUUCCUUUGACUGUUUGCCAACAAGGAACAAUUUUGAUUUCUGGUGGGUUUGGUGGCCUUGGAUUGACAAUGUCUCGGUGGAUGAUAGAGAAACGAGGUGUAAAACGUAUUAUUCUUAUGAGUCGUCGAACAUUAUCUGAACUUGAACAAUCUUCGAAUCCACAGUACGAUGAUUGGUUACGCUUGAAACAAACAAUAAAUGAACAUCACGCUCAUGUUGAUGUUGUUCAAGCAGAUGUAACAAAUUUUGAUCAAGUGUAUGAUCUGAUCAAAAAAAUAAGUCACACCUCUUAUCCUGUUCGAGGAAUUAUUCACAGUGCUGUGGUUGCAGAAGAUCGAACUUUGGCUAAAAUGACACAGGAAUAUUUGCCACAUGUUUUAGCAGCAAAAGCUCGUGGUGCUUGGAUUCUUCAUCAAGUAACACAGCUUACUCAUGCUCCUCUUCACUUUUUCGUUAUGUUCUCAUCAAUUCGAAAUCAUCUACUUGAAGUGGCAUCGUCCGGUUACAAUGCUGGUAAUCAAUUUCUCGACGCUCUUGCUCACUAUCGUAUGACUCAACAAAAUUUACCUGCUCUCUCAGUUAGCUUGCCUGCUGUAAGUGGUGCAGGCAUGUUUCAUCGACAACGAGAUAUGCUCACUACUUUACAAAGUACAUAUGGCUUUGAAGUAUUGCCACCAAUAGCUGUAUUCGAGCUGAUUGAACGCUUUCAUACAAAUCAGAAGACUUGUCCAUGUCCUGUUAUUUUUGCUGUUAAUUGGCAAACAUUAUAUAAAAGACGCCAUAAAUUACCAAUAUUUCAAUUGAAUGAAAUAGUGGAAGAACGAUACUCUGUUAUGGAACUCAUAAAUAUGUCAACAACAUCAGCAGGACUUAGUAGUACAACUAGUUCGAACUUGAAUCGAAAAGAAACUAUUAUUGAACGAAUUCAGAUGACUGUAGCACGUCUUCUAGGUGCAGCUGAUAUUGAUCGUAUCCUAGUUGAUCGUUCAUUGGUUAGCCAAGGUAUGGACUCAUUAGCAGCUCUUUCACUAUAUAAUUGGUUGGAACAAGAGGCCGGUGUUUAUAUACCUUUAGUUGAUCUACUCCAAGGAUAUUCUAUUGAAACUAUUGCUACAAUAAUUCAUAAUAAGCUCAACGAACGAUAUCAAGUUGUGUCAUCGACUGCUAAAGAAGAGCACAUGGAUACUGAUCUAAUCAAAGAAAAUGAAAUAAAACUAUCUCAUAACUCUAGUUACACUGGCAUAGAGAAUAUCAUCUGUCUUCAAAAUCCACUGCAGUGCAGUAGUGAUGUUUUCUUCUGUAUUACAAAGCAAUCACCGACCAAUACUGAUAACUUGAAUAAAUUAUUCAUUGACAAAAUAUACGAACAACAAAAUCAAACAAGACCAGUUCUCGUUUAUGCUAUACAAAUGCCACCAGUGAUAUCAACAGCAUCGACAUCUACUUCUGCUCGUGAUAUGAUUUUACAAAUGCGUCGUAUUCAACCACGUGGACCUUAUCAAUUAGUGGCAGUCCGCAAAGAACAUGAUGAAAUUAUUGCACAUGAAAUCAUAAGACAACUCAAGGAUCAUCUAAUGAUUAUCGAAGUUCGAUUACUUCUUUUGGACGAUUAG